AUGGGCAGUGGGCAGACACAGUCAAGGACCACAGUUCUCUGGCAUCUGGUUAAUCACACUCCCUCCCGAGAGGCACCUAUGAAGGCUUUUGAUGGUAUGAACAUCACCAGGGUGCCAGUAGAUAAGCCAUGGUACCUUCUGAGCACAGAAUACUACACAGCGGAGGAAAGGAGCGUGAAGUGUAAGAGAGAUACCAAAGCAAGAGGUAAUGCAAGAGAAGGACAGUACAAUGUGACCCACAGAUGUGUAGGCCACACACAAGCGAAGCUGAAUAUUGUGUACAUAUCCAUAAACAAGACGCUUUUUCCUUGUAAGGAAAGCUAUGACAAACCUAGACAGCGUAUUAAAAAGCAGAGGCAUCACUUUGCCAACAAAGGUCCAUCUAGUCAAAGCUAUGGUUUUUCCAGUAGUCAUGUACAGGUGUGA